GAAUUGAAUAAGGAAUCAACUUAGGUGGCGUAAAUGUGGACCCCACCAUUCCCCAGGUGCGAUGAAAUGGAGCAGUGCAAUGCAAUGAUGCAACGCAACGCAACGCAACGCAACGCGGAACGAGCGAAAGGGAAAGGAAUCGAUCACUCCUUUGACUCAACCUAAUCAUUCCUUUUCCUCACAAUCAAUCACACGCCUUCUUAUUCUCUCUCUCUCUCUCUCUCUCUCUACACUUUCUCUUCUCCGAUUUUCCAUAUUUCACUUUCUACCUAAAUCAAACAAUGUAUCCGAAGGUGAAGGUAAGACACGAUGACGACGGUGAACUUGGUCUCAAAGCUUUCCUGUCUCUGUAUUUGCAGCCAUCUUCUCCAGUGACAGACAAGAAAGUUGUCUCCAUGCCUUCUGUUGUCAGAGUACCGGAGUGUUAUGUUCCGCAUGUAGCUAUUCCAAGAGUACCCGUAACUGAAGAUUCUGGAGACUUCAGUUUGGCAUCUGAUUCUCCAGUAACUACAGGAUCUGAGAAGGAUGGCAGUACUGAUGAAAUUAAAGUAAAUAUUAGAGCCAGUUCAAUUCCUCCCCCUCGUGCUGUCAUUUCUAGUCCUGAUACGAGUUAUCUUGGUGCUUGCUAGUUCCCAGACGUGAUUGCUUACAGAGCUUGGAAUACUUUUUUGUAUUUAGAUAAUGACAGUAUGAUUGGAAAUCGAAACAAGACUAGAGAUGGAAGACUUUCUACUUCAAAGAAUGGUGCAGUGUUGCAAAAUCGACACGCACAUUGCAAAGUUAGAUCGCAUGAUGUCACUGAUUUUCCUCCAGAGACAAGAAAACACAGGGAACCUGGGUCUAAAGAAGAAACUGAUUCUGUAGGAAAGAAAAAAACCCAUAAAGGUAGCAUAAAGUUCGAAAAGGUACCCUGGAGAUUUUAGUUUUGGUGAAAUCUAGGAGCAUGACUAGAUACCAGUUUUUUGGCGAUAAAAAUUUAGUGUGAUCUUAAUCUAGGAUUAGGUUUCCUGCCAUACAAAAAGAGAGAAUACAAUGAUGCAUGCUUUGGUGUUUCAUGUAAUAUAGCCACUUCUGCAUGCUAUACUUGCCUCAAAAUUUUGAAUGACCAUUUCAUGCGCACGUGCAAGAUUCUCUAAGGAAGAAGCCAAUGCCCGAAGGGUCAUCAUAUAUAUUGCAGUUUUCCCCCAUUUUUAAUCUUUCUUUUUAGCUUGUUUGAGGAAGCAUAUCAUAUAGCAGCGAUUCAUGGUAUCUAAUGUGUAUUAGAAAUUAAUACCUUGGAGCAAACAUGAAUCUUACAUUUUUCUACGUAUACUGUAUGUUUUGUAUGUAGAUUACGUGACGCUUGAGUGGAUAUAAAUUUAAUGCGAACUACUCAUUUUAGCUUUGU